GACGUGAAGACUUGGCUGAUUCAAGAGAGGGUCUCGGCCAGCUCUUGCACCUCUACCCUCAGCUGGAGGAGCGUAGGGAGAGUCUGCUGGAUGGCUCGGGUUUGCGACGGAGCGGAAUAACGAAGUUUGCAACUGUGUCCGUGCAGAAUCUUCUAUCCGGCCUGAGGAGAGCCAUAGGAAUCCCGAGACAGGACCUCCCAGGGGCCGGAGUCCCCGCGGGAGAAUGCGGCUGCGUGGCCACGCCCCGGCGCUAGCUAAUACGUCACCGCCGUGAGGGCGGGACUUCCUCUGCGGUGCAGUUUCCGUCGCCAUCCGGAAGUAAAGAGCGGGUUCCGUCAGUGCUUUGCCAUUUGCUUGAGUUCACGUUCUUUGGCAACUCCAGGGCACUGUUGCCAGCUAUCAGGCAAGUGUACGAUCAGGGACCCUCGCUCUGGACCCCGUCACAGCUGCCAGCCCUGUUUCUUCGCUGAGCUGGCUUGCUCAGCCCCAGGCGGCGUUCCGCCCAUGGCGGGGGCCGCUCUGGCCACGGCCUUCGGGCAGGCAGUGAUCGGCCCGCCGGGCUCGGGGAAGACACCCAUACCUGAGUUGCGUUGGAAACAAAACAAAAGCUGGAGGAUGUUUUUGGUUAAAGCUUACACUCAGGCCUCAAGUUUCUCAUUUGAUGAGAGAAACAUAGGCCCAGACAUUCCCUACCUCCCCAGGUCACUCUCACCCUGUUUCUUCUUCUCCCAGUUGACUGCUGUUCACCUUGUGGAUUCUCACUACUGCACAGACCCAGCCAAAUUCAUUUCAGUACUGUGCACCUCCCUGGCUACCAUGCUGCAUGUGGAGCUGCCCCACGUCAACCUCCUCUCCAAGAUGGACCUCAUUGAGCACUAUGGGAAGCUGGCCUUCAACCUUGACUAUUACACAGAGGUCUUGGACCUCUCCUACCUGCUUGACCACCUGGCUUCUGACCCUUUCUUCAGCAACUACCGCCAACUCAAUGAGAAACUGGUGCAGCUCAUCGAAGAUUAUAGCCUGGUCUCCUUUAUCCCUCUGAACAUCCAGGACAAAGACAGCAUCCAGCGAGUUCUGCAGGCUGUGGAUAAAGCCAAUGGCUAUUGUUUCGGGGUACAGGAGCAGCAAAGCCUGGAGGCCAUGAUGUCUGCUGCAAUGGGAGCUGACUUCCAUUUCUCCUCCACACUGGGCAUCCAGGAAAAGUACUUAGCACCCUCAGGCCAAUCAGUGGAGCAGGAAGCCAUGCAGCUAUAGCAACAGCUUGGCUCUGGAGAGCAGAAGACAGCUCAGCAGGCCACAGACCCAAGUCCUCUCAGCUGUCAAGGGAACAUUCGGCUCUAUAGAGGACUUCUGAACAAAAAGCCAGACAUGGCAAAGAGCAGAGCACUGACCACACCCAUCUGUGAUGCUUUGAGCUCUGGGCCUUGACCCUAGAAAGUUCAACCAGGAUGUUUGGGACUGACUCUACUUGGGCUGUGAUGGAAUGCAUUAUAAUGUGAGUUUAUUUUCUACUUGGCAUGACUUCUAAACUUUUCUUCAACCCUCCAGGCCCAAGGACUUGGAGCCGGACGCAGGAAUAUUACCAUCCUUCUGGAGAGUUUUUUCCCCCAAAGCACAGGACCUGUCACACUAGAGCAUUGACACUCACUCUCCAGUUGUGUGCUUUUGUUUAUUUUCAGUUUUAAUGGUGAUCCUCAAGCUCAAGCCUUCACAGGGGACACUUCUUAACUAGACCUUACUUAAUGUUGUUUUCAUUGUAUGUUUCAUGAUUUUAGUCCAUUUUUGGCAAGUGUUUACGAGUUAAAGUUUAAAAGAUUAAAAAUUGUACCAGGGAUAUAGCUCAAUGGUAGGACUCUUGCUUAGCCAGUGCUGCAUGAGGCUCUGGAGUCAAUCACCAGCACUGCCAUUAAAAAAAAAAAAAAGAUUGA